AGAGGAUAUAAUUUUCAAAUUAUCAAUCUGUUAGUCAAUCAGUUCGUGUGUAUUAAAAUAAUUCUAUUUAUUCAUUUAAAAGAUUUAUUAUAAAUAAUAUACAGCAAAGCUUUCACUGAAUUUCGGGUCACCGAUGCAACGAUUUGUAACACUUUGGAAGAUGUUCAUUGGAAUAUUCUUGUUGGUAGCGUUUUUAAAAUUGAACGGAUCGUGUAACGCGGUGGCAACUGGCAAUGUUUCAGUCGUCAGAUCUACGAGAUGCAUGCACAAAACUUUCUGUGAAAAUGUAACUCACUAUCCUACUGAUAUGGUGCAGGAGGCGGUGAAGAAGCACCCUCACCUUCGCGAUUACGCGAGCAUCCAAACAGAUGGGCAGGUGGACGUGGAUGAGGUGGCACCGGAGGAAGAGUCACUCUGCAUCGCCACGGAACAAAUUGUGUAUCCUAAAUAUGGCGUAACGAAGAAUUCCGAAUGGAAGUACAUAAUAAAUCACGAGGAGGUCCAGCAGAGCGUGCACGUCGAGAUAUGCCGAGAGGAGGGCAAGCCUUGCAGAGUGAUAGAAGGAUUCGCCGAAGGGUAUUACACGAAAUGCAAGCAGAAGUACAUAUACCGUCAACUUCUGUCCCUGACGGAGAACGGCUCGAUUACUCUCGAGUUUUUCCAGUUCCCAGCGAGUUGCUGCUGCCACGUAGAAUUUCGGGCUUACAAAUUAUUGAGUCAGUUUGACGAUCGCUUGUAAUCAAAUAAGAGCGUAGUAUAUGUAACGAGAAUUGUUCCAGUGUAACGUGGACGUCAAAUAAACAUCGGCCCAUGCAAAGGUUUUCGUCCAAGUGUCCCCAGAGAAAAAUAGAAAAGAAUAAGGCAUCGACUCCGUGGGAACGUAUUUAGUGCGCUAUUUGAUGCAAUCAUACUGUCGACUUUCAUACAAUGUCCACUGUUCGACCGGAUGCGAAUAAUGACAGAAUUCCUCCGAUCUGCUCGCUUUCUAUUCAAAGUUCUUCGGGUCAAAAAUGAAUUAUUAAUUCAGAUUUCGAUCUUUGAAAAUGCAUGCGCAGCGUGAAAAGUAAACGGAGUCUGAGAAACGUUCUUAGAUUAUAAAUCGAGAUGACGCUGCGAGUUUUAAUUACCGUAAAUUUUAAUAACCGGAGGAAAAGUAUGAUUAAGUAAAUGCAGAUUCGCGGGUCUCUGCUUAGAAACGUCGUGUGCGUUGAAUUUUGGCAAAAGGGAAUGGGCAGCCGGC